GAUUAGGAUAGUUUAGGAGAUAUAGCCAAAAAUGUGUUUUCACCCCUUUUUCCAAGAUGGCGGCCGGGGGACUAAGGCGCCAACCCCACAAACUUGGGUUUAAGCAUGUAGUGACCAUCUCUACAUGUUGCAUAAAUAAAAUUGCGUCCUCUAACAAAUGUUCAGUUCGGCCCUCAAAUUGUAACAUUUCAAUUAACUAUAAUGGUUGUAGUUGUAAUUGCCAAAUAUGACGUGUAUGACGUGGAAAUAUACUUGCUGUUACUGUACUGUGUGAUAGAAGAUUAAUUAUUUAACUUUCAUUUUAAAAACAACUGUCGCAAUGUUCAGUCCGGCCCUUGUUUUUUCUUUGUGUAUAUUAACUGUAAGUGAAUCGGCAAAAAUAUUAGCUAUAUUCCCGACGCCAUCUGUGAGCCACCAGGUUGUAUUUCGGCCCCUAACACAGGAGCUAGCCAGGCGUGGCCAUCAGGUUACGGUAUUGACAACGGACCCAGUAUUUAAAAAUGGAACACCUGCAAAUUUAACGGAAAUAGAUGUUCAUGAUAUUUCGUAUAAAUUAUGGAGAGACAACUUUGUGCAUAAGCUAGAGUUUGGACGAAAAAAUACUAUAUUACCUCAGAUGGACGCAGCUUGGAAUAUAAUGCGUAAACUAACUGUGAUUCACUUGAAACAUGAAAAAAUUCAAGAACUAGUGAAGGAUCCUACGCAAUUUGAUAUUCUUUUGAUAGAAGCGUGGACGAGGCAGACUUUAGUAUACUCCUUUAUAUUUAAGGCGCCAGUGAUUUUAGUGAGCUCCUUUGGAUUGAUGAUGGGAAAUGAUGAGACUCUUGGAACUCAAUCGCAUCCGAUUUUAUAUCCUUUAGGACUUCAUCAGAGAUUAUAUAAUCUAACGUUUUGGGAGAAACUAGACGAAUUCUACAAACAUUGGAGGCUUAAAAUGCUAUGGUUAAAGAAAGAAAAUGAAGAAAUUAAUACUUUUCGAGAAGUUUUGGGUCCGGAUCUGCCAAAAUAUUGUGAACUGAAAAAUAAUGUUCAUAUGUUAUUUCUGAAUAUUCACAAUAUGUGGAUUGGUAAUCAACCUUUGCCAGCAAAUGUUAUAUCUAUUUGGGGUAUUCACAAAAAGCCUGAGAAACCUUUGCCAAAAGAUCUUGAGACAUAUCUGGACUCUUCGAAACACGGCGUGAUUUAUAUUAGCUUUGGAAGUAAUGCUCCUUCGACAACUUUACCAGAAGAAUUUAUACAAACAUUAAUCAGAGUGCUUUCCACACUUCCCUAUGAUGUUCUGUGGAAAUGGGAAGCAGAUAAAAUGCCAGGAAAAUCAACUAAUAUUAAAAUAUCUAAAUGGCUUCCACAGUCAGACCUAUUGAGACAUAAAAAUGUUAAACUAUUCAUCACUCAAGGCGGUCUCCAAUCAACAGAUGAAGCAAUAACUGCUGGAGUACCGCUCAUUGGUAUACCAAUGCUUACAGAUCAAUGGUACAACGUUGAGAAAUAUGAGAAACAUAGAAUUGGUGUUCGACUUGAUAUGGAAACAAUAAAUGAAAGUCUUUUUAGUGCAGCAAUUAAAACUUUAAUAAAUGAUCCAAGUUAUAAAGAGAACAUUAUAAGACUUCGAAGUAUCAUGGCUGAUCAGCCUGUGAGUGCAUUAGACCGAGCAGUUUGGUGGACGGAAUACGUUUUAAGACAUGGUGGGGCGAAACACCUCCGAGCGGCCGGUGCAAAUAUGUCCUGGAUCCAAUAUUAUGAAAUAGAGUUCAUACUUAAAUUAUUUAUGAUUAUCGUAACUAGUUUUAGUAUUAUCAUAGGAUCGUUGUAUCUGUGUAUGCGAAAAGUUGUAUUUUCCAAGAAGGUUAAAGUUGCAUAGUAUAAUAAUUACGUACCUAUAUUAAUUAAAAUAUAAUUACGUUGUUUCUAUAUGUUUUAUUGGAUUAAAUAAUCACAAUACUACUGAG